AGGAAGAUCUCCGACGCCAGAUCACGUGACCUGGUUAUCUACAUCUGGAUCCACGCCACCAUCGCCAGUGUGCCCGUGUUCGCCGUCACCAACGUUACCGACGUGUACGCCACCUCGUCAUGUUCCGACUCCCGCGCCCGCUCCUUGGGUCACAUGGUCUACGUGUUGACCUACAACGUAACCACGGUGAUUACAUUUACAUUGUGAUAAUUUAGCAGUCAGUUUUAUCCAGUCAGUGCAUUUCAAUCAUUGCAAGUAAAAACCUUCUUUAAAAAAUGAGCUUUCAGCAAAGCCAGUGUUAGUAACAAAAUACAAGUUUGAGUGCUAUCUCGAACCUUUAAGGAUUCUUUGGCUGUCCCAAUAGGAGAACCCUUUGAAUAACCCUUUUGGGUUCCAUGUAGAAUCGUUUCUACAGAGGGUUCUACGUGGAACCCAAAAGGGUUAUACCUGGAACCAAAAAGGGUUCUACAUGGAACCAAAAAGGGUUCUCCUAUGGGGACAUCCGAAGAACCCUUUUAGAACCCCUUUUUUCUAAGAGUGUAGUGCAGGAAAGACAACAGUACAACAGUUGUUGUGUUUUUAAUGUAUUUUAUUUUUAGGUGAUCCUCCCCCUGGCAGUCGUCUUCCUGUUCAUGGUUCUGAUUCGCCGAGCCCUUAGCGCCAGCCAGAAGAAGAAGGUGAUUAUUGCGGCUUUGAGAACCCCUCAGAACUCCAUCUCUAUUCCGUAUGUGUCGCAGCGCGAGGCUGAGCUACACGCUACAUUACUGGCUGUAGUUCUAGCCUUCUCGGCCUGUAGCGCCCCCUAUGGGGCGUUGGUGGUAUACCGCACUCUUCUCGGGGACGGCGAGGACUUGCCUUCUUCUCUCUACCUCACAGCUAUCUGGCUGCCAAAGGUGUCUCUCCUCACCAACCCUCUGCUGUUUUUGACGGUGAACCGUACGGCCAGGCGCUGCCUGUUGGAUGUUGUAGCCCGGGUUCACAGACGCUACAGCCGGCGUAACGUAGUCAGCACUGGGGCCCUGGGGCUGGGGCUGGGGCUGGGGGGCGAGGGAGGGCUGGAGGGGUCGGCUCGGGCCGGGAGCCAGCUCCUGGAGAUGUUUAAUAUCGGACAGCAGCAGAUCUUUAGGCCGACCAAUGAAGAGGAGGAGGAGGAGGUGGAGAAUGAGAUACCUUCGUUAGGGUCAGGGGGUGGUGGAGGCUGUUCGCAGCCCAAAGAGAACCACCUUGGAGGGGGUAGACUAGGGGGAUGUGAAGGGGAGAUGGUUCUACAGAAGGAGACCCAACCAACCAGAGAGAGUGUCCUAGUGACUAAAGAACCUCCUCCUCUCAUAUUGGCCAAGGUCUCCCCUGCCCCUGUCCACGCCUGUGCUUACACCUCCUCGUCACAGGUGGCGCCAGCGACCCCCACGGAGCCCGAGGACGCCACCCAGUUUGGGUUCGGUCCGUUCGAGCUUCCACCCCAGUGGCUGCCGGAGACCAGGAACAGUAAAAAGAGGCUCCUCCCACCGCUGGGGAACACCCCCGAGGAACUGAUCCAGACCAAACAUCCACGCCCACGGCCAGAACGACGAAUCAGCAGGAACAACAAGGUCAGCACCUUCCCCACCGUUGACCCCUGA